AUGCGUCCGUGUUCGUACAUGCAGCUUACCUGGGUGGUUUCAUCCAUCGCCGGAGUGCUGCUGGUGGCUGCCGCGAGUGCGGCACCGCCGAUGAUAGGGAAGCAGGGCUGCAGGACUACCUGCGGCAACGUGAGCGUGCCGUACCCGUUCAGCAUCGGCCACGGCUGCUACUCGCCGGGGUUCAACCUCACCUGCGUCGACGGCGCAAGCCCACCGCGGCUGCUACUCGGCAUUGACGGCACUCUGCAAGUCAUCAACAUAUCCAUCUCGAGCGCCACGGUCACGGUCAUCCACACCGGCACCGUGACGAUCGGCGCUGCCAGCGACGGGCAUGGCGCAUUCCUUAGCGGCAGCCUCGACGCCGACGGACCUUACGCUCUGGCAGUGGGCCGUAACGAGCUAGUAGUGACUGGCUGCAACGUGGAGGCGACUCUACGGGAUAAAACCAGCAAUCUCAGCAUUGGCAGCUGCUCCUCCUUCUGCCCCGGCGCCAGCUGGUUCACCGGCUUGCCACCUGCCGGCGGCGGUCCUGGGAAGUACUGCUCCGGAUUGUACUGCUGCCAGGACCCCCUUACCACUGACAUCCGUAAGACGACGGUGGACAAUAUCCUAGGCCGCGUCUCCUAUGACGUGCAGAUGACAUGGUUCGGCAGGAACCAUACGAAGGAUAAAGUGAUGCCCGGGCUCGUGUUCGUCGCCAAGGAGGGGUGGUUCGACGAUAACUACUCCUUGCAUAACUGGCUGGAAAGUACAGACGGCAGCCGACCUCCGCCGUCGGCAUUUUCUUCCGUGGAAGUCCCACUUGUCCUGGGGUGGGAGGUCCUCCGGCGUGAUGGUACCGCCGGUGGGAAGUGGUCCAGCGAGUGCACGGUAGACGCAGCCAGGAGUAUCUGCAAGAGCAAACACAGCGAAUGCUCUCCAGGCCCCAAAGGCUACCUCUGCGCCUGCGAGGACGGUUACGACGGCACUCCUUAUGUCACCGACGGAUGCCAAGAUGUGGACGAGUGCAAAUUCCAAGGAGAGGAAACUGUGUGCUAUGGCGAUUGCAACAAUACCUACGGAUCCUUCAACUGUAGUUGUCCCCGAGGAAGCCAUGGGGACCCAAGGAGACCCGGUGGCUGUGUCAGAACCAUCAAUAUAGGUUUAAUCAUUGGUCUAUCCCUAGUUGUUGGCCCAGGCCUUCUACUUUUGGUUUUGAGCAUAAUCAUAAUAAGACGUCAUCUUAGGCACCUCAAGAAGAAAAUGUUGAAAAGGAAGUUCUUCAUCCAAAACCAUGGACAACUGUUGGAACAGCCGGUAUCUCAUAGAACUGGCAUUGCUGAGAAGAUGAUCAUUCCACUGGAAGAGCUAGAGAAAGCAACAAACAAUUUUGAUCAGACUCGUAAGCUCGGAGAUGGUGGCCAUGGUGUUGUCUACAAAGGAAUGUUAUCAGAUUUACAUGUCGUGGCCAUCAAGAAGUCCAAGAUUAUGGUCCAGAGAGAAAUUGAUGAGUUCAUAAAUGAGGUUGCAAUCCUUUCACAGAUCAACCAUAAGAAUAUUGUCAAGCUUUAUGGAUGUUGUCUAGAGACAUAA